AUGGCUACGGACAUCGCAAAGGCUGCAGCAGCGGCUCUGGAGCCUUUGAAUCCUUGGAGGGGCUUUACCGAACAGCAUCUGGUGCUCGGCGGCCCGAAUGCUGUGGACCCGCGACCUCCGAAAGUGUUGCGCCUUGCAAAGCUCUUGCGCGAUUUCAACGGCUUCGCAGCAGAGCAUGCGUCUCAUCAGCGGGAGCGCGGCGAACCAGUCGAUCCGCUGUUCUGUUCCCUUGCCCGGGGUUCCUUUCUUGCGCGACAUAAGAGCCAGCCAACUUUUGACGUGCGCUUGGACUGCUGCGACCAGGGGAAGUUCGAUUUUCUUGGCAACGACGCCUGCUUUCCCGAGUGGCCAUCCUGGUCGAUUCGUGUUUGCUGCGCACAUGCACUGUCGGUCUCGGCAACUCUCAACGAAAGCGGCUUCGAAGCACUCUGGAAUCAGAUUGCAAGCACGGAGCCUAUCAAAGCCAAUCCUGACACAAAGCGUGGUUUCAUGAAUGCCGUCGUGGUGUAUCACAAAGCUGGUACACAGCUCACUUCUGAAAUUGUCGGUGUGAGCAGCCCUGGACCGCUCGCGCUCUUUCUGCUUCGGAGCCCUCCGCCCAAGGUCCACGUGCCGGACAUGAUUGUCCUUGACGGCUACGGCAUGCAUGCGAAGCCGCGAGAUGGCAAGCCCGAGAUCUUUCCUUACUUCCAAGCCUUCACGAGGCUCUUCGCAGAUACGGAAACCGGGGAGAUGACGGCGCACUUCGCCAAGCCCUUGCUUGGAGACUCGCAGCUGCAAGACAUGCUCGCGGCGGGUGCGGGGCGGAUCGUCCACAUCACCCGGAAUCCCACGCAGCUGGUGAUGUCCGGCUACGUCUACCACCGGAAGGCCGCCGAGGUGUGGACCACCUUCCGCGAUCCGCCCGACUGCCUGAAUUGCGAUCACGAGGCCUGGUCCCAAAUCUUCCGGCGAUGCCGCUUCCGGUGCAGCUACGCGGAGCUGCUGCAGAACCUCAGCGUCUCGGAAGGCGAA